AUGGGAGGCCGCCGGGCGACGCCGCGCCACCACGCGCUCGCGGGCGCGUCUACGUCUGCGUCACCGGCGCUGUCCUCUCCACCACCACUGCCGCUGCCGCCGCCGCUGCUGCUGCUGCUGCUGUUACUGCUCCCCGAGCCGUGCCGGGCCGAUGACAAUGGUAUUAAUGGGAUGUGGCCGGUGCUGGGCGUGGCGCUGGCGACCUUCCUAUGCCUGUCCAUCUGCUUCUCCUGCUGCAAGGUCUACUUCAUCCGCAGGCGCAUGGAGGACGAGGCAGCCGCCACCAGGGCCCGGGCAGCACGUGGAAACCUCUCCUCCCCGUACAUCGUGGUGGCGAUGAUCUCGCGGGACUACGAGCGGCAGCCGCGCGGCCGGCCCGGGGAGCGGCCACUGCGGCCCUUCGUGGCCGGCCGCCCGCCGCGGCUGCCCCCGGACCUGGGGGGCGGGCAGGCGCUGCCGCCGCCCCCGUCCUACCAGGAGGCCACGGCGGCGCCGCCCCCAGUUUUUCCAGACGAACCACCGCCCCGCUACUCGGUGGCGUCAGGGGACGCCAGCGCGACGCCCGUGGCCAGAGGUGACGUCACCAGCACGAGCGGUCCUCAGCAGCAAGGCGGAGCGGCGGUCCGCGUCUGACCCCACCUGCGAAACUCUGCCUCAGCAGCGGCGCCUCAGUCUGUGUUGUCCGCGCGGCUGCAACACUACGAACUAUGACUGUGUUCUCACAUGGCUUUCGUGUGACUCGUUGAAUAUAGAAAAAGAGACUUGAUAUUUAUUUAGAAAGUUGAAUUUAAAUUAUUAAGUUCCUGUAUUCCUCCUAGUACCCCACGCUAAAUGAGAAUAAUAUAUUUUUUGUGAA